UCAUGUAUUUACUCUUGUGUAUGAAACUGUUACUGUUACUGUUAGUCUUGUAUUUACUUUUGUGUAUUUAGUACUCUUGUGUAUUAAACUGUUAACUCUUGUGUAUUUAAUACUCUUGUGUAUCAAACUGUUAACUCUUGUGUAUUUAAUACUCUUGUGUAUCAAACUGGGUGGAUCACUCUUCUGUAUUUAGUACUCUUGUGUAUUAAAUUGUUACUGUUACUCGUGUAUUUACUCUUGUGUUUUAAACUGUUACUGUUACUGUUAGUCUUGUAUUUACUCUUGUGUAUUUAGUACUCUUGUGUAUUAAAUUGUUAACUCUUGUGUAUUUAAUACUCGUGUAUUAAACUGUUACUGUUAAUGUUAGUCUUGUAUUUACUCUUGUGUAUUUAGUACUCGUGUAUUAAAUUGUUAACUCUUGUGUAUUUAAUACUCUUGUGUAUGCAACUGUUACUAUUACUCUUCUGUAUUUAGUACUCUUGUGUAUUAAAUUGUUACUGUUACUCGUGUAUUUACUCUUGUGUUUUAAACUGUUACUGUUACUGUUAGUCUUGUAUUUACUCUUGUGUAUUUAGUACUCUUGUGUAUUAAAUUGUUAACUCUUGUGUAUUUAAUACUCGUGUAUUAAACUGUUACUGUUAAUGUUAGUCUUGUAUUUACUCUUGUGUAUUUAGUACUCGUGUAUUAAAUUGUUAACUCUUGUGUAUUUAAUACUCUUGUGUAUGCAACUGUUACUAUUACUCUUCUGUAUUUAGUACUCUUGUGAAUUAAAUUGUUACUGUUACUCAUGUAUAUUUGUAUUUAAAAGGGUGUAUGUACUGUUAUUAAUAUACAUCAUCAUCAUUAUUAUUAUUAAUGUAAUUUUGAUAUACACUUGGCAUGAUAUACUGUUUUUAGAACUGAAUAAGCAGGGUUUAGUUCUCAAUUUCUCACUUGAGAAUUAUUAGACUAUCAACUAUUUUUAAAAUGAGGCACCCUUUCAAUUGUCAUAGCAUUCUUUAAACUUCACAGAGCAUCACUAAUUGGGAAUCUUACUUCCACAUUAAAACUGUUAAAGUGCUGGAUACUGCUACUGUUACUGUUAUUGUUAUUGGGAUGAUUACUUCCAUAUUAAAAUGUUCAAGUGUAUCUGAAUAAUUCAACUAAUUCCAUCCCGACAGUUGAAUUUUCUGUACUGUUGAAAUUACUGCCAUAUUGGGAUGUCAUCAUCAAUAUCUUCAUCUUCUUUUGGUAAACGUGCUUUGGGCAUACCAUUCUGUUUUUGUGAGGAGCCAGCCACACUAAGACUGGCUCGUACUGCAAAGAAUCCAGGACGACCCUUCUUAGGGUGUCCAAAGUACAACACUAAGGGAUUACCAUACUGUAGGUUUUUCAAGUGGGCAGAUAUUAAUGAAGAGAAUGGUAUGGAUCUUCGAGAAAGCACCAAUGAAUUUGUAAUGAAGGAGAAAGAGCUAGAGAAGAAAAUCGAGGAUGUCCACAAGAGGGAGAUUGAGGUUAUGAAGAAGGAGUUGGUGCUUCGGGAACAAGAAGCUGAAAUAAGGCGUUCACGCAAACUACUUCGGGCUUAUUGGGCUUUUGCAUUUCUAGUUGCAUUUUUGUUGUUUGUUGGUAGUGUCUAAGUAAUUCCUAGAUAGUGGUAGUAGUUCCAGGAAUUGUAUUGGGGUUUUGGUAUUUACUUUUGGACUAUGUAGUUGAUGUAUGGAUAUUGAGUAGAUUGUAAAACUGCUAUUAUGUACAGUUUGAGAUUGUAAAACUGCUAUUAUGUACAGUUCGAUCUUGAGCAGAUUGUAAAACUGCUAUUAUGUACAGUUUCUGAGUUUGUAAAACAGUGAUGUAAU